CAAUUUGUAUUGUUUGACUUCGGAUGUUGAGUGAGCCCAUUCUCCAUUUUUAUUCAUAGUUUCUCGUGAAUAGCAUAUGGUUUGCCAUUCGGUCUAGUGUAAUACAAUGCACUUAAACUACUAUGCACGUAUAUUUGAAAAUUAAGAUAUUUCCGUGCCUUCCUUUUACUUUACAUUUACUAAUGGUAGACUACCUGGGCGUGAAAUGUCAGGAAGAGCUGGAUGAUUAUUUUGGCAAAGCAGACGAUGCAUUGAAAAAAGACGCGAGUCAUUACUUGAGGGCCCUGGAAGUCUUUGAAAUAACCAAUUCUAGCUUCGAUUCCUUAACGUCAUCAAUCAGGCACUUAUUCAAGCACAUAGAUUUUUCCAGGCAAGAUGAACUAUCCUCAGUCUUAUACGCGUUUCCAAAAUUGCGACCGGAUCUCUUCCCCUCAGUCGAGGAGAGGCGUAUCGGCCAAAGAGAGUUCUCUUCCAGAAUAUCCAGCGUCUCUGUCAGGAGGAAGGACGACCUUUUCUUCGUAUUCUUCCCCACUCGCACUGGUGUGCUAUGGAUGUUCAGGGACAUUAACUUCAGGGAGGGAAAACUGUUCUACAAAAUGGUUUCGGGGUUCAAGGAUUUGGUUGUGGUGCAGCUUACCUGGGAAAAAUCGGAUGCGUUUAAAGGAAAUCGAACGCUCACGGCACAGUAUCGAUGGGCUCCGAUCAAGGAUCGUUAUACAAAUGUUACGGUUGUAACACAAAAAUUCAAAAAUGAGCCCUGAAUAUUCUCCCGCCUUUCAAAAGGAAUUAUUUAAACCAACCUACACCGAGAUAAAAAAAAACACCCAGUUAUUCUACCGUUAUAACGGUAGUGUUACAAGGGAUUCCAUGGUACGAGAGUAGAACCGUGGGUUUUGAUUCUUGUAACGAUGAGCACGAUGAUAUGACCGUGUUCACCGUAAUAUUACUGUGGGCACAGACAUACUAUUAUGAGUAGGGUUGUGCUACUGUGCUCAUCAAUAAUAUUACCAAAAUCCACGGUUCCACUACCGUGGAAUCCAGUGCGACAUUAUUACCGCGGUAACCGUCGAGUAACCUUGCUUUUUUUCUCCGUGUAAUCAAAAGUUAUUUUUGAGCAUCUAAAGUAAAAAUAAAUCCACUAGAACAAGAUACGCUCUGGAUCAAUGACAGAAUAUUUUGCAUGGGCCCUCAGUCUUGCUCCCCGAACCUCAGGCGCUAUCCGUUUCACGCUGACCGCACUGUGUUUGAUGCAAUGCGUGAAGUAUUCGUGCAGUCUUGUAGGCGCUUCUGUUUCCUUCCUUCUCAUUUUUUACGAGCUACCUCUCACGCCCUAAAUUGAGUUUGUAUUUUAACCGACAAGUUCAUCAGUGAUGAUGAUUACAAAAUAAAUUGUAAAUAAAUAGGGAGGGAACUAAAACAUGGGUAAACAAGGCUAAAAUUAAAAUUUCAUCAACAUUCAAUACAUAGUAGUCGUGUUAUAAAUAAAAGAUAAGAAAAAAAAAUCCAUCAGUUCCCUCAUUACAUCUGUUUGGUGAUUGGCGAGAGGCACUUAAAUACAUUGCGUGUAACACAGAUGGCUAGCUACAAUCGUGUCUCACGUUCCCUAAUUGUUUACCUGGGCCAUUACUGCGCAUAUUAUGAAUUUUGAAACUUACGGGAUCAGUUCUAUGGUCAAAAUCAAUGCUGACUUCGGCCGCAUGGUGAACUCUCCGGGGAUCACUCGCGCGGUUUUAGGAUCUCUGAAAGAACACAAAAAUAGGACUUCAGGCAAUUGCACAAAUGUUGCUAGUGAAAUUUCCACCUCAGUCAAUGCUUCAGUAACAAUCAAUUUUACUCGGAGCCUUCAGUUGAAGACUAUGGUUCAUAAACAUACCAAAUGUAAUUUUUGUGAUCACAAGGAAACCUAGUUUGAAAGCAUUAAUCUGUUGAUAAACUGUAGAAAGACACUUUAUCUUUCCACUUCUACAAACCAACAAACAGUCAUUGUCAUGUAAUAGUAUAUUAAGCGUAUCCGAGUGAUGGUAUUCAACCGAGCUCAUUACACUGUUGUGAUGGAUAAGGAAAGGGCCCUCACUUUCAUCAACAUGCAACAAGCCAUUGACGGAGUUGAAAAAGUUGUAUUUGAGUGUUGGUAUUCAAUCAAGCUCAUUACACUGCUGUGACGGAUAAGCGAAGCGCCUUCACUUUCAUCAAUAUGCAACACGCACAUUCAUGGAUCAAUAAUAGUUCCAUCCUCGCCUUACCAUCGUCUUCGUAUUUAUCGGCUGAUGGUUAACUAUUCCAAUAUCCAUCAGCUCUCUUCGUAGUCUACGAUUGCGUAGUCGGAGGCAUGAUCUAUGGACAGCGAAGGAAAUUCCGGUUUUACCGAGUGCUUCUUCAAAUAAUUCUUCUAGGCGCAGAAAAUAAUUAACGUAAAAUUUGGCCUGAAUGCCCAGAUGGAACAAAUAAAUGAUAUUCCUUCGUGUUUUA